AUGCGUACCUAUCUUCUCCCCCUUUUCAGCCUUGCGGCGUCCGCUCUCGCUCAAAACUACGGCACAUACGUCAAAACCGACAACGAAGACUGGUAUCUCGCGCUCUACCCAGACGACUCUAAUUCGGAGUUUAUAAACUACGUCUUCUGUGUUUACAACUCCAGCGUGGAUCCAAUCGUAGUGUCUAUCACCGACAAAAAAGAACUUUAUUUCCCAGACUUUCUGUUUUAUUUUGAUAGCACAGACGGAUCGGAUACAACCCUCGGAGGGUUUUCGGCAAGACAAUUCCAACACAAAAGUUCCGACAAAGAAGAAGAAGAAGCAGCAGCCAUCGAAAAAAGACACGAGCUGAAGGGUGAUGAUAAUUCAACGUCCGGGUUUUCAUGGACGGCAAACGGGACGUUAAAGUUUGACUAUGAUGGGUUUUAUGGAUGGGUCAAGUGUGAUAACUUCACUGUUCCUCAUGAAGGUAUAGCGUUUGGUGCAAAUAACCUUUAUUGGGCUAUGGAGCCUAUCAAGGAUAUGCCAUCAUACUGCGAAGAAGUUACUCUCAGCGAGUAUUCGGGGUAA